GGAUCUGUGCCGGGUGCCCGCGCUGCGCUGCGCUGCGCCGGGCCGCGGAGGAGGCUGCCCCAAGUGGGCAGCGGCAGGGUAGGGCAGGGCCGGGAGGCCGAUCCUGCGGGUCUGGAGUCCGGUGGGACCAUGGGGACCGGGGCCGGUGGGCCGGGUGUCCUGGCGCUGCUGUUCGCCGUGUGCGCUCCGCUCCGGUUGCAGGCGGAGGAGCUGGGUGAUGGCUGUGGGCAUAUAGUGACUUCUCAGGACAGUGGCACGAUGACAUCUAAGAAUUAUCCAGGAACUUACCCCAAUCACACUGUGUGUGAAAAGAUCAUCACAGUCCCGAAGGGGAAGAGACUUAUUCUGAGAUUGGGAGAUUUGAACAUUGAGUCCCAGACCUGCGCUUCUGACUAUCUCCUCUUCAGCAGUGCGACAGAUCAGUAUGGUCCGUACUGUGGGAGUUGGGCUGUUCCCAAAGAACUCUGGCUGAACUCAAACGAAGUGACUGUCCGCUUCCAGAGUGGCGCUCACAUUUCUGGCCGGGGCUUUCUGCUGGCCUACGCCAGCAGUGACCAUCCAGAUUUAAUAACCUGUUUGGAACGAGGCAGUCACUAUUCCAAGGAAAAAUACAGCAAAUUCUGCCCCGCUGGUUGUAGAGACAUAGCAGGAGACAUUUCUGGGAAUACAAAAGAUGGCUACAGAGAUACCUCUUUAUUGUGCAAAGCUGCCAUCCACGCAGGGAUCAUCACAGAUGAACUAGGUGGCCACAUCAACCUGCUUCAGAGCAAAGGGAUAAGUCACUAUGAAGGAAUCCUGGCCAACGGUGUGCUCUCCCGGCAUGGUUCUCUGUCGGAAAAGCGAUUUCUGUUUUCAACCCCAGGAAUGAAUAUCACAACCGUGGCGAUUCCAUCCGUGAUCUUCGUUGCCCUCCUUCUGACUGGAAUGGGGAUCUUUGCAAUCUGUAGAAAGAGGAAAAAGAAAGGAAAUCCAUAUGUGUCAGCUGAUGCUCAGAAAACAGGCUGUUGGAAGCAGAUUAAAUAUCCCUUUGCCAGGCAUCAGUCAACGGAAUUUACCAUCAGCUAUGACAAUGAAAAAGAGAUAGCACAAAAGUUGGAUCUCGUCACUAGUGACGUGGCAGAUUAUCAGCAGCCUCUCAUGAUUGGCACAGGGACAGUCACGAGAAAGGGCUCCACCUUCCGGCCCAUGGACACAGACACUGAGGAGGCCAGAGUGAACACUGAGGCCAGUGGCCACUAUGACUGUCCGCAUCGCCCCGGACGCCAUGAGUACGCACUGCCCUUGACGCACUCGGAACCGGAGUACGCCACACCUAUUGUGGAGCGGCACCUGCUGCGAGCUCACACCUUCUCCACACAGAGUGGCUACCGAGUCCCCGGGCCCAAGCCCACUCACAAACACUCCCUUUCCUCUGGUGGCUUUCCUCCUGCUGCAGGAGAUGCCCAGAUUGAAAGCUAUCAGAGGCCAGCAAGCCCCAAGCCUGUGGGUAGGGGCUACGACAAGCCUGCAGCCAGCAGCUUCUUGGACAGCAGAGACCCCUCCUCUCAGUCACAGAUGACUUCCGGGGGGAAUGAUGGUUAUUCGGCACCCAGAAACGGUCUUGCGCCCCUCAAUCAGAUGGCCGUGACUGCUCUUUUGUGAACCCAAUGUGAAAGAAACCUGCUGUGGUACUGAGCGCGCGCCACUGUGAGUCCCUGGAAGAAGUGUGCGAGCAUUCAUGUUUGACUCUUCAGGAUCCUAGAGACAACCUCACUUACUGUUUACAGAACUGUGCAGCUGGUUUUGUUCCGACCCUCCCGGCAGAGCCGGUCGGUUUCUGCUGUGCUAGAACAAGGAGACUUUUCUCACUUGUCUAACUGUGAUGCUGUGCUGUAAAAUGUGCAAUUUGUACAGUUAUAUUUAACACGAAUUAACAUAACGGAAGUUUGUGGUGUUUGUUUUCUACACAGGGCUUAGGGAGGAAACAUGGGAUUUGCAUAGAGGUGGCCUGUGUUCAUAUCUCUCAGUGAUCAUCUGAUACUGUAAGCAUGGUCUGUUUAAAACCCUCGUUGGCUACGGUGGCUUGUUUCCUUUUUUUGUUUGUUUGUUUGGUUGGUUGGGGUUUUUUUGUUUUUUUGAGACAGGGUUUCUCUGUGUAGCCCUGGCUGCCCUGGAACUCACUCUGUAGACCAGGCUGGCCUCAGACUCAGAAAUCUACCUGCCUCUGCCUCCCAAGUGCUGGGAUUAAAGGCGAGUGCCACCACCAAUCCGGGCCUACUUUCCUUUUUGAUAAAGUAAAAGCAUUUUUAACAUUCUUUCUCCUGGAAGAAAUGAUAACUACUUGAAACAUGUAAAGCACACUGGGGUGGGCGAUGGAUAGCAAUGGCAGCCCAUUUUUGCAAUCUUAGGCUUUCCUUGAGAGAAGUAGGGCAGCCCAGUGUCCUGGGACUUGCCAGCUGCAUCCUGAGAGGCCACAUUCUCAAAGGAAAGGGGCUAGCCUACUGCACAGUGUUCCUAAGCCAAUCUGCCCUUUCAGGGUGCCAAGACUCAAGGUGACCCACACUGUCCAUACACACCUUGUAAUGAAGGAGGCACAGGAAUUGUAGCUUGAGGCAGGGAUAUCAAGUACUUCUAAACCUCAGAUUAAAAACACAGCUGAGCCCAGAAGCCCUACUUCUUACAACUUUCUCGAGAAAUAAUGCAUGUGGGUGACUUCCACUGUCCCUGGAAAACAAAUGCUGUUUGAGAUGUGUUCUUGCACGCGUAGAAGCCAAGCUUUUCUAGAGGAGAGCUAGUAACUGUCCCGGUGAUGUAAAAAGCAGCUUUCCCUGAAUGUGUGCUUAUACUCAAAGAGUAGCCCAGGUCUCAGCUGUACCUCAUGUGUUGUGUUGUUUUACCCCUGAGUUUACUUUGUGAAUGAAUGAACUGGGGGGAUUUAACCUCUUUUUGCCAAAGAGGAAAACGUAUGUGUCUUGUUUAUUAAAAGAAAACAUGGACCAAAAACAAACAAACAAGCAAAUCCUUUCCUUACAAAUUGUAUUAUGACCCUAUUUGUGUGAUUGUCAUUUUCUGUGAAUUCUAUCGAUGUUAAAAUAGGGUGCUGAAAGCUCAUGGCCAAGUAUGACUGCUUAUCGUGGUGGUUAAACAUUUACUUUACGGAGUUUACAUGAUUUUGUGUGUACACUAAUUGUAAUAAACUAUGCCAAAUCAGAGA